AUGGCCAAUAAUACCUUCCGCGACUCAGUCAACUCGCUGGGCUGGUCGCGGAGAGAUCCCGAUUUCCCAGUCCGUACGAAUGCAUCUUCCGAGACAACUUUCUUAUCGCGCCUGCAGUCCUAUAACCCAUUUGGACAGGGCGGGUAUGUCCAGCUCCCCACUCACAAUGAAGCUCCCGGAGCGCCAUUACCUGCACCCAGUCGACGGGAAGAAGAGGAGGGGUUCUUUGCUUUGAGUCGUUGGGAUCGGAUGCUCAUCUUCGCCGCUUGUAACUUGGGUGCAGCUGUAUGCUUCAUGAUCUGCUUCUUCCUCUUCCCAGUACUUACGCUCAAGCCCCGCAAAUUCGCCGUCUUGUGGUCUGUUGGCUCAGUUUUGUUCCUGCUAUCAUGGGCAGUCCUCAUGGGACCCUGGUCCUAUGUAAGACACUUAGUCUCGGGAUCACGGCUUCCAUUCACGGCAGCCUACUUUGGAUCCAUCGCCCUUACCCUCUACUUUGCUAUCGGACUCCAAAACUUCUUCCUCACCCUCAUCUCUUCGAUUUUCCAGCUCACGGCCCUCGUCUGGUAUCUGGUUAGCUAUUUCCCUAUGGGCACAACCGGCUUGUCGUAUAUGGGCCGUUUUGGCGCGUCGCGCGUGACGGCGUGGAUGUCUGGUUGA